AUGCGCCACCACAAAGAAGAAACCCUAAUGCAAAAUACUCUAUGGCCAGAGCCCUCCUCACCGGAUGCCUCAUUAUUGGCAUCAUCUUGCAAGUCUAGCAAUGCCGAACAUGCUCAAAUAAUUCUCUGGAAUACUGCCACAUGGAAACAGAUACAAAAAUUAUCCGGUCAUCAAUUAACGGUAACACAAAUGCGUUUUUCACCAAAUGGCGAAUAUUUGCUCUCCGUUUCACGUGAUCGCAGAUGGUCUCUCUUUAAACGUCAGCCAUUGGAGAAUGAUACAAAUAAAGUGGCUUCAUUUGCUUUAACAGCCUGUACAGAUAAAACAAAUGGUGUACACACACGCAUUAUAUGGUCCUGUGAUUGGUCACAUGAUAGUAAAUAUUUUGCCACUUCCUCCAGAGAGGGUAAAGUUGUAAUAUGGUAUAAAACUGAAGAGACAGAAACAAAAGAUAAUAAUAAAAACACUCUAAAUGGUUGGAAGUCUUUGGAUGUUUUAGAACUUAAAAAUGAAUCCAUUACCGCAAUAACAUUUGCUCAUUCACUUCACGAGAAUGGUGCAUAUAUUUUAGCUUUGGGUUGUGAAAGUGGUUUAAUACAUGUCUAUCAAUUUAAGGAUAAAUUUACAUUAUUAUUGUCACUUAAUAAAUCACAAUCUCAUCAUUUGACCGUAAAACGUUUACAAUUUAGACCCCAAAACGGUGACAACAAGCAAUUCCAAUUGGCCAGCUGUGGUGAAGAUUAUUUGGUUAGAGUUUAUCAAUUAAAUUUAUAAUUUAUUAAGUUUUGCUAAUUAAUUGUAAUAGAUACUUACAGUUCUUUUGUAUUAAAAUAAACAUUUAUAUUAAAUUUUAUAAACAAUUAUU